GCAUGCACGCUCACUCACACUCGCCCUGCUCUGCCUGCCCGCCCGACACAGACGCUCUACUUACAGCGUCGGAGGCAGGACUGAGGCUCACACUAUCAGCUCAGCUUCUCAAUGGGGGGACGUGGCCAAAAGCAGACAGAGCGGUCAUUCCACCGGAGCCUUCCGCCGAGUUCGUGAGAGAGAGAGAAAGAAAGACAGAGGAGGGGCAACGACAAGCGAGGGCAGGCGGCGGAUGGGGGCAAAUUAGGACCCCCUUUCAUCUCAGCAGAGGAGUUUUGAAAGACUCUGAAAGAGAGAAGAGCAGCAUCUUUGUGGCCGAUAGAGCCGUGACUCUUUCACACACCUUGGUCAGUUUGUGACACCUAUUGUCCUCCCACCUGGGUGGCGUUUUUGAGGGACUCAUGUUGCUUUUUUGUUUUUGUUUUUUUUAAAGAAAAAUUGCAGCAGCAGAAGUCCAGGGUGAUUUUUUUUGUUUCUUUUUUUGGGGCUUACCUGCAGGUGGAAUUCAUGAAGAGACGAUGGAAUUAAGACGGACAGGCUGUGAUUCUGACUAAGCUCCUUUUCUCUAUCUGAACACACUGCUCAGACUCGGCCUUACCAUGUCCUGGUUGUUGGCCAUGUGGAUUAGCCUCGGCUUCCUGCUGCUGUGCCAGGCCACACUCUACCAGACCAUCCAGCAGCACCAUGUGGCCCGACCCGGUCGCACCGACAUCCUCACUCUGGAGGGAGGAACCUGUGAGGUGAUUGCCGCUCACAGGUGCUGCAACAAGAACCGCAUUGAGGAGCGUUCGCAGACGGUCAAAUGCUCCUGUUUGCCCGGGAAAGUGGCCGGAACGACACGCAACAAACCCUCCUGCGUGGACGCGUCCAUUGUAAUUGGGAAGUGGUGGUGUGAGAUGGAACCGUGUCUGGAGGGAGAAGAGUGCAAGACUCUGCCUGACAACUCUGGAUGGAUGUGCUCAUCUGGGAACAAGAUCAAGACCACAAGGAACACCCAGCCAUACUCCCCUUUUUAGCUUCUGGAAGCAAAAUGCAGAGGAUGCGUCAACAGAAAUUGAGCUGCAUUCUUGCUUCUGUAAAGAUUCACCCCAGGACCUAACAGCGAGCUCCCGGUUGCAGGACUGCGCGCCAGGCUUUACACCCUUUCUGAACUUUUUGUCUCCUCCCGUUGAACUGACUAAAACUAUCACAUCCACGGCUACCGACUGGCUUACCCCGGGACCGCGGAAAGGAUAUCCAUCCAGAUAAAACAGCUUUGCUCACUUGGUGCCAAGGAUUUGAAACAGCAUUAAUCCCCUGUUUGAUCAAUGAGCCCCGCGUCGGUGACUCUCUCCUCUUCCUGUGGCCAGUUUCCAACCUGCUCUCUUUCUGUUUCCUCACCCUGUCUUUACCUGAAAGCCUGAUACAACUUAGCAGGGGCUCAUUUAGAGGUUGGUCAAAUAUUUUGAAGACAAUCUCCCGGCCCGCCUGGAAGGUGAACCGGUCGAGGGGUGCACACAAAACUAAACAUGAGAUUCACACAAGUGGUUGCGCAGGGGAGUCAAAUUGACCCUCAUUUUCUGUUAUUUCUGUGCAGAAAUCAUUCGUGUUUGACUCGUUGAUGGAGACAGAUGCCAUUUCUGUGAGUGCAGGAGAGGCAGGACUUUCAGUAACUUGGACCUGCUGGUUGCCUAUGAUGAGAUACGAGAACUCUCCUUCUCCUGGUCUGACUUUACGGCCCCGAGCGUCAUCCUCUAUAAGGGACACGUUGACUUUUACUGCUGGGCAUGCCCAAUGUAGAUUUCAUGAGCACCACAUUUAUUUUAUGUAAGAUCAUUUGUGUAAAUAAACACAUAAAUACACAAAGUACGCUGUAAGAUGACAGGUCCAAGAGGCUGAUAAAUGUGCCAUCCUAGUAACACAUCGACCAGUUCCAAAAGGAGCCGCUUCACAAUGUAAGCUUGUGUUGAGGGGGGAAAACGGCUGUGAAUGAAUUGUAAUGAUGAGUUCUGGGAUGCUUUUUGUUUUAGUCAUUCAGCGAUGCUUUCGGCUGGGCACCGGCAAUGCUUGAUGAGGAAAAACAAUGUAUAGAAUCGCCUCACGUGUGGAAGCACAGCUGACAACACUUCUCGACCUUUGGGCCCAGCGCAGCAGGGACUCGGAGCAGCUGUGGAUAAAAUAUGAGCAUGAUCAUAAGAAACGGGCGUCGUGUCUCUCUCACGCACGGGAGACGGAGGAUUUGCUUACAAUGACAGAGAGAAAGUAUUAGUCCCAAUGGAGAAAAAUAGCUAUCCCCCAGUAGAUAUAAGACAGCCUUAUGAGAAAUAAAAUUUGUUUUCUAUACUGAAA